GAAUCAGAAGCAAAGAUGUCUUGGCUAGCAAGGUCUAUCGCGAACUCACUCAAGAUCGACGACGAGGAUGACGAAAACGACAUGGACAACAGCAAUUCUCCAAACCCGAGGUCAGAGUCUGAUCCGAAUCCCUCAAUCAAUUCGCAUCCAUCGGCAUCUUCGCCGUCGUCUACCUCGACUCCGCGCGGCGUCAAGGAAGACAUUUCCGAGCUCACUAAAACGCUGACCCGCCAAUUCUGGGGCGUGACCUCCUUCCUUGCGCCUCCGCCUGCUGAUAAAUUCGAUCGUCAGCCUGAGCAUGAAGAGAGACAAUCACCGUCCUAUCCGGAGAAGGCAUACGAUGAGGCGUUGAUGGCGGGAAUUCGCAGCGAUUUCACCGAGAUCGGCGGGAAAUUCAUGAGCGGGAUUUCGAAGCUUUCGAAUAACAUCUCUGUAUCGGAGAUCACGAAGAUAGCGUCUAAUUUGCUUCAGUUUGGGGCCGAGAGAGAACUCCGUGAUGAGGAUUUGGUCGGCACGGAUGUGGGGGUGAACGAGGAAGUGGUGGCUUUUGUGAGAAAUAUCACGAUGCAUCCAGAGAUUUGGCUGGAUUUUCCGGUCCCUGACGAUGAAGAUUUUGACGAUUUUGACAUGUCUGAUGCUCAACAAGAGCAUGCUUUGACUGUUGAACGUCUUGUGCCGAGAUUGGCUGCUCUUAGGAUUGAACUUUGUCCAGGAUAUAUGAGUGAGAGUCUCUUCUGGAAGAUCUACUUUAUUCUUUUGCACCCUAGACUGAACGAGGAUGACGCUGGGCUUUUGUCAACUCUCAAAAUAGUGGAAGCCAGAGCAAUAUUGUCGCAGAACUCACAGAUUCGAGCUGCAGCUAAACAAAAACUAGAAGAGUCUGGGCAUGAAAGUUAUCUUACAAAAGAAACAGCUGAUCUCUCUGUACCUUCUUAUGCUGAAUCAGCACCAUUCAUGACUUCUGGUGUUGAAGCAGAACCUUCGACUAUUGCUAUUGAUUUUGAAACAGAGAAGCAUCCAGUUCAGAGCACUGAGAUGCAGGUUGUUGAUAAGUCUGUCAUUGAGGAAGAACCUAAGACCCAUGUGAAAAUUCAACAUUCCCCGACUGGUUCCUCAUCGGGAGUCCUGGAUCUGAAAUUUGAGGAUGACUGGUUGGAGGAACAUUCAGAAAUAAUUGGUGCUAGUGGAACUGUGCAGCCACUCACAAACGAUGAUGAUGUUUCAUUUAGUGAUCUUGAGGAGGAUGAUGGUUAUGCGCCUUCAAGUUACAAGAAAGAGGUGCCAGGCUCUUAUUCUUCAACAAAAGAGUCUCGAGAUUGGGUUCAGCUUAGCUCUGCUGAAUCAGUUAAGGAUGUGAGGUCUGUUUCAAUGAAACAAGCACGGUCAGAGCAGGUAAGUGUUCAUAAAACUGACAAAAAGGAAGCCAAUGAUUGGCUUGACAUCAAAGAUGUUGAUGUGAUGUGAUGUGAAUUUGUGUAUGUGUUUUAAGUUUGUGUUUGUCAUCUUAUGUGAAUAGCUUCCAUAUAAUCUCUCUUCAGUUUAGGCUACUGAAACUUAUUUCUUACACAAUUCCUGUUGAAAGUAUGAUGAUUAUGUGCGCCUGAAAA